AUGUCUUCCCAUCCCCUAUCACCAUCCCCAUCCACUCCACCUCCCCAUCCAAUCCCUCUAAUCGACCUAUCCCACUUCGCAUCCCCCACCGCACGCCUCGCCAUAUCCCGCUCCCUCGUGCACGCCUGUCACUCAACGGGCUUCGUAUACAUAACCGGGCACGGGAUCCCCAGCGCGCAGAUCGAAGAAGCGUUUGCGUGGUCACGGCGUUUUUUCGCGCUGUCAGAGGAGGAGAAAGGAAGGGCGGGGCGGGGGAAGGGGAGUAAAGUGUUUAGGGGCUGGAGUGGUGUGGGCGGGGAGCAGGUGCCUGAGGUGGAGGGGGAGAAGGGGAGGGAUGUUGUGGAUUGGACUGAAGCAUACGGCCUCGGGACAGACGACAACCCCUCGCAGCCCAACGUGUGGAUCCCCCCCACCCUGCUCCCCGGCUUCCGCGCCUUCAUGCUCUCAUUCCAGAGCUCAUGCUGGGACGUAGCGCAAGACAUCCUGCGCGCCCUAGCUCUAGGACUAGGACUUCCGGACGAAGACUCUCUGCUGAAAUACCACGCCCAGGGGGAGAAUGAGCUGAGUCUGCGACAUUACCCGGCUGUGCACGAGGAUGCGGUUAGGAGCGGCGAGCUGGAUCGACUGGGUGCGCAUACGGAUGUUGAUUCGUUUACGCUGUUGUGGCAGGAUGACCUGGGGGGGUUGGAGGUCAGGGAUAGCGGGGGCAGGUGGGUGGAUGUCAGGCCGGUGGAGGGGGCGCUGGUGAUGAAUAUUGGGGAUGUGCUUCCGAGGUGGAGUAAUGAUUUUCUUAUAUCUACGCUACAUCGAGUUCAUCUACCCCCUCUAGAUGAUAGCUAUGAAAGUCAAGACGGGAAGCGGAAAACUGUACCCCGCUUCUCGAUUCCGUAUUUUGUUAUUCCGAAGAAGGAUACGGUAAUGGAACCUCUCGAAGGUGACUUUGGAGAGAGGGGCCAGAAGAAGUAUGAACCAGUCUUAUGGGGAGAAUAUCAGGCCAAGAAGAUAGAUGGUAUAUUUAGAUAA